UUAAAAUGAAGAAUGUGAAGUUUUUUUUCCAUAAUUAUUAUAAUUCUGUGGAGGGAUGUAGUAAAUCUACCAAAGUAAUGUACACUUUAACUAGCUUGUAUAAUUAUUACAAGAAUUCUAUUUCUGGGACUUCUUGUGAAAUUGUUGGAGAUGAAACAGAUGUGGUGAGUGAAAUUAGUGCAAUGGACACUUUUGAUGUGUGGCAAUCUCAAUGGGAGAAAUUUCUUGAAAAAGAAAAUAAUGUUGAUGAUAAAUCUGAUCUUGACAAGUAUUUGGAGGGAUGUAGAGAAGAUUAAGAAUUUCAAUAUCUUGACUUGGUGGAGAGCUUCAUCUGAAAGAUAUCAAUUGUCUCCAAGAUUGCAAGAAAUGAGCUUGCUAUUCCUACAUCUACUGUAGCUCUAGAAUCUGUUUUUAGCAUUGAUGGUCGGAUCCUUGAUUGUUAUUGGAGUUCUUUGUCACCAAAGACUGCUGAAGCUCUUGUUUAUAGUCAAAAAUGUUUACGUUCAACAUCUACGGAGUGCAAGAUUGAAAAUCUUUUAAAAGAAAUGCAAAAGCUUGAAAUAGUUGAAAAAGGCUAUGGAGGUUCAAGCCAUGUGGUUGAGGAAGAAGAAAAAGAUGUCAAAUCGUCCAAGUUUUUGUUCACUGUUCAUAACAGUUCUGCUUCAAAAAUUUCAACUCCAAGUUCACAAUUUAUUACACAUACAAUGGGGAGGGUGUUGGAGAAGUUGGUUUUGGAGACAACUCCUAUUAAUACUAAAGGAUAUGAGACUUUGUCGAAUUUGGUGGAGAAUACUGCUAGUGAUAGCUUUGACUUGCACUAUGAGAUUUCAAGAAGAUUGAACUUACUUUAUGCUACUGGAAAUGAGUUUUUUUGAUUUCUGAAACUUGGUACAUUGGAUGAAAUUCAGUUAUCUUAUGUUUUUCUCAUCUUUUGA